AUGGCGGGUGAUGAUUCUUUGUAUUCCAGUCCUCAUGAGGCAGCAUUGGCAGUGGUUGCUACGGCAAUGAAAAAAUCAAGACUUCGAAUUGACACUUUGAUUCUAAACUCUAUUAUUGGUGGUAUUCUGUUUAGUAGUGGUGGAUUUCUGUAUGUUGGAUUCCAUGCAGAGAACCCAGAUCUAGUGGCUAACAAUCCUGGUGUUGCCAACUUUGUUGGGGCUUUUUUUUUUGGUAUAGGUCUAUUUUAUGUCGUGAUCAUGGGUGCCGAUUUAUUCAAUUCGAAUAUACUGUUCUUUUCAGUAGGUCUACUGAGGGGAGCUAUAUCGAUUUAUGAUUUGACAUUAUCAUGGUUUGUCAGUUGGAUUGGGAAUAUUGCCGGUAACUUGUUCGUGGCUUAUCUUUUCAUGUAUUUAUCUGGAGCCGGUACUUCGAAAUUAUGGUCAGAAGGUUCGAGGAAAAUUUUGGAAGAUAAAGCAUCAUUCUCGUUUAUUCAGACAUUUUUGAAGGGUAUUGCUGGUAAUUUUUAUGUUUGUCUGGCUGUGUAUUUACAAUUGAUGGCCAAGCCAAUUCAUGUUAGAUAUCUCAUUAUGACAUUACCGAUUUUCACAUUUGUGUCGUUAGGUUUCACCCAUGUUGUCGCCGAUAUGACAAUUGCAUACAUUGGUCUGCUUAAUGGUGCAGAUUUAUCGGUAGGUAAGUAUAUCUGGAAGUUGCUAAUUUCCGCCUCUGUAGGCAACAUAAUUGGUGGGAGUGCCUUUGGUUUAUUUAUUCCGUACUACUUACACUUGGUUGUCGUGGAAGCAGAUCAGAAGAGAUUGGCAAUGCCACAAUAUGAAGCCAGAGAUGAACAACCUGAUUUGAACACAGAUUCUAGAGUGGUAAAAGUUAUGCCGAUAGAAGAGGAUGAUAUAGACGACGAAAUGGAAGAAGACACCCCAGAUGCGUACUCAUCCUCAGCGAACAAUGAUAUACAUCAAUACACAGAGGCGGAAAGAAGGCACUCACUUGAUGAAAAGAACAACCUCUCAUUGUCAAGAAUGUCUACUGCAAGAUCAGGUGAAUCCAGGAGAACUUAUAAGUCUUUACAUACAGUCCGAUCGAAUAUAUCAAGAUUCCACGAUUUACCAAGGUCACCUCCAGGGGUUUUCCCAAUCUUGGGAAUGGGGAAGCCACUUCAAAAAGGAGAGAAAAUAGGUUCAGGUGGUCACAAUAUUUUAAGAUUAGUGAGAUCAAACACUACUACAUCUCACAAACCUGGUAACAUAGAUAUUGAUGAUGGGGAAAUUGAUGCCACAAGGGCCAAAACAAUAGCUGCAAAGGAAGUCAAAGAAUUCCAUAACUCGGCAGCAUAUAAUGUUAAUGAUGAUAAAGCUGGAUCAGUAAUGGAACGUGCCAUUAAUAGAUUUAUAAACUUGGUGGGUGGAUCAGAGCAGGAUCUGAAGCUUCCUGUAACCACACAGGAUGCAAUGCCUCAUAACAAAGUAGAUCAAGCAAGAGCAUAUGGUACUACUACUUCGAUCAGAUCACCCAUUAGUGAUACUUUUAGCAUCCCGUCUAUAAAAAGUGACAAUACCAUGGGAACAGCAGAUGUUGACUGA